AUGGCAUCCAACGACAUUAUUUCUACUAACGUCCCUUCUAAGGUCCCUACUACCGAUACUGAGGAAUAUCCAGUCCAACAUGGUAGCGCCGCUAAGACACCUAUUGUCCCCUCAGACAAUCAGGCAAGUCCAGAGGAAUCAGGUAGCAUCGAUGUCGAGCAUAAGGCCAAUGCCGACGACGAAGCGUCCGGAUCCCACGAAGGUCAUCAUGAAAAUUUUUCAAAGGAUUCAACAAAAACCGGAACUCCACAGGACACCCUACACAAAGAGCCUGUGGACGGUUCUCCCGUUCCAAAUUACGCCCAACAAAGCUGGUACUACCAUACACAGCCACCGCCACAGUUUUAUUCAUCUCCAUACGCUAAUUAUGGGCCUGGUCCUUACACUCCUCCGUGGGCCAACAUGAAUAUGCCCAUCCCAGGAGCUAACACGAACCCAGAUAAAACUGGAGGACAUUAUCAAACAACGGGUCCAUCUGGGGACAGCUCCCAAUACAACCCUGCUUACUACUUCCCGUACCAAUUGGAACCAAAACCAGGGUUGCAAAGCCAAACAACGACCGAAUGUACUUUCGGCCAAUUGCACAAUCCCAGAAAAACAUUCACUCUGUCAAAGGUAAACUCACCUCACUAUUACGACAGCUGGGUAAGAGAAAUGUGCCAGGCAAUGCUCGAGCAAAACUUGGGCCACCUCAUUCCAACAGAGGAUAACAAAACCCCAGAAACCCCAGAACCUGCAGAGAAGAGGUACAUAGAAGAAAUCCAUAUAGCAUGUGUGCCUGAAGAAAAAUACCCAAAGUGGUUAAAGUCGAGUUACGACGAAGGUGAAGCACUAAUUGACUGCUUCAAGGAAGGAAUUAGAAGAAUAAAGGCGGAAGAAGACCCUGAGGCAAUCGUGUUAGCCCUAGCUGGACUAACACUAGACUACAGAGAGUCUAUUCCCAACUUCGCCAAGAGAUUAAGGAAAAUCCACCAGAGAACGGUAAACGCAAAAUUCCCAAUGGCAGAAAAGAUCGUCAUUUCCAGAGCACUAAAGGCUCUACCAGAACGAUACGAGAAAGUUGACAUCAACUUCACCAAAUCAAACGAUCAGAGUUUCAAUAACUUCAUAAACAUCCUCCUAACAACUGAGCCAAGAAUGAAAAGCUCAAAUCAAUACGAUAAUCAACGGUUUUACACCAAUUCCGAAAGGAAGCAGGUCGACAGACGUCCAAAUAGAAAAACCGUACAUCACAUUGGAUCAAAAACCGUAGAGGGGGACCUUAGGCCUGACACAGAGGUCCAGGAAGAAUAA